CGGGGGCCGGGCUCAGUCUGGCCGCCUGCGGGCUGCGCGGUGCCGCUGCCGCCCCCGGACCGCUCUGCCCAUGGGGCAGCCGAGCCGAGCCCUCGGGACUGUCCCCCGCCGCCGGGACCUGAGCUAGGGCGAUUGGAAGUGCCAUCAAACCCUUGGAGUGAGAAGUUCUGUAGUGCCACCUCUUUAAUUCAAGCACCACUGCUUUGUCAGAUCCCGGAGACAGCAGGAUCAUUCUGAGAUGAGCCACCUGUAAGUGGGGCCGGCCUUGUUGCCAGGGCUCCCUGCCCUGCAAGGAUGAGGAGCCAUCUGCCGGCCUAACAGGAAGACCUUGUGGCAGCGGUUGUUUUAUUUUCCCCAAACAUCGUGAAAUUUCAUGUGACAGCAGAGCCGCUUCCUGCAGCCUCUCUGUGCCCCCUGGCAGCCAAGGGCUGGUGGGGCAGGGCCAGCACCAUGGCGGCGAAGCAGCCCCCGCCGCUGAUGAAGAAGCACAGCCAGACCGACCUGGUGAGCAGGCUGAAGACACGCAAAAUCCUGGGCGUCGGCGGGGAGGAUGAUGACGGCGAGGUCCAUCGCUCAAAGAUUAGCCAAGUACUGGGAAAUGAAAUCAAGUUUGCAGUCCGGGAACCACUGGGACUCAGGGUCUGGCAGCUUGUUUCCGCCGUCAUGUUUUCCGGGGUUGCUGUCAUGGCCCUCGCUUUCCCUGACCAGCUCUUCGAUGCCAUCUUUGAGGAGGAAUCGGUGAGCAGCAAGACUCCCAUCCGGCUCUAUGGAGGAGCCCUCCUCAGCAUCGCGCUCAUCAUGUGGAACGCCCUGUACACCGCCGAGAAGGCCAUCAUCCGCUGGAGCCUGCUGGCCGAGGCCUGCUACUUCGCCGUGCAGUUCCUCGUUACCACUGUCUCCCUGGUUGAGAGUAGCCGGAUAGCCACAGGUGCCGUGCUCCUCCUGGUCAGCCGAGCCCUCUUCAUCCUCAUCAGCAUUUAUUAUUAUUACCAAGUUGGACGUCGUCCCAAGAAAGUCUAGUUCCUGGGCUUUUUUGUUAUGGGAAAGGUGGGAGGGGGGCGUUUGUGUCGGUAAUUUUGCAUUAUAAUUUUUUUAACUUUUUUUUUUUUGUUAGUCCCUUUUGGUUCUAAAGGAGUUUCUUUCUUUACCGGCAUGAAUCAGUGUGUAACCCAGUGCUGGUGGCAUUGCCAGGUGAAAUGGGGGGAGCAACAUCAGUGGGACCCCCCCAGCCCCUCUGCAGGAGGUGAGGAACAGUGGGGAGGAAGGCUCAGGGAAGUGUGUGGGCCUGGCAGGCUCAGGGAAAAAAGCCAGUUUUCUAGGGGGUACUGGCUGAUGGGAUCACAGGCUCUGAACCCACUGUAACAAAGCACAAAAUAAGGCCAGCAUAUUGGAACCAAAUCCCUGAGGAGACAGGGCAAUAAGACAACCUACAAAGGAACCGGCUACUCUACUUGGUAAGCCUUGCACCUCCCCUGGUUUAUAGCCCUUUCCUCUUUUAGCAAGUACUGACUGUCCAGGUAGCCAGGAGCUGGAUGGGGUCAAGUUCAGUGCUUUGCAAACAGCUCUUCUUUCCUCUCUGCCAGAGGUGCAUUUUUGUGUAGUUCAUAGUAUUGCACCAGAUGCUGUGUAGGGCUUGGCAGGAGAUACAGCAAAAGAAGAGGGAGACGCCUCGUUGUUCCCUCUGCAGGGACAGCACUGGGAACGGUGGAGCAACUUGAAUUACAAGAUGUGAGAACUGAAGUAAGCUAUUGGAAAUAGCCCAUUGAGCACAAAGACAUCCCCUCAUUUGGGGUGUUUCAUGAAGUUUCUAGGCUGGGGUCCUGUCCCCUUCACCCCAGAAGACUUCCUACAGUUGAAGCUUUACUGACGGUAGUAGCAGUGGUGAGUGUGCAGUAGCUUUAUCUGAUUAGUUGAGCAGGAGCUGGAGUGCUGUUGUGGUUAGCACUGGUAAGAGCAGAGGACUGUAACAGUAAGAGCAUCUGCACAGAUGCUUGGGUCAGUGAAUAGCCUCUAGAUAUGGGCUCUGGCUGUGGGAGAUGGUGUUCCAACUCUGCUAAUAUCUGCAUCACAUCUCUUCUGACCUUGAGAAGAGAAGACCAAAGUUUGUAGCAUUAAGAUAUUAAAUAUUUAACUGAGAUGAAGAACAGCAAGGAGCGGAGCGUAUGAUGGCAAGGACAGACUGAAUGUGCUUUAGUACUCACUAGCCAAUUUCUCCAACAUUUCCUGGGCUUAACAGCAUUGCCUGCCCUGCUUCCUAGUGCUUUCCUUGUGGAUUAUCCCUGUCCACAGCUUGAGGCAGCAUUUUUUAUUCUCCAUGGGACUAAAGCCAGAAAGUCUGUGUACAGGAUAUGGACUUGUUACUCAUGCACUACUGUUGACUGGAUCAAAGCACGCCCUGGAAUAUAGCUGAUGUUCCAAAAUCCCAGUAGAAAGAUUUCUACACAAACAGGACUGCUUGUGUAAACAACAGUCGUCAAGCCACUGGUAAGACUGGGAUCUACAGCUAUUGCUGUUUAAUAUCUUAGUAGAGUUAGAAGAAGGUAGUGGGUAGUUAUUGUAUGUUGUGUUAGUGCUUUUGGCAUUUAGAAGCAGCUGCAUAAGCUUGGGACACUGUGUGCAUUGUACUUACUGGCCAUGCAAAAUGUCUGUCACAUAAGAAUAUUGGAAAUUGUUAAAUCAGGAAACAUCACAAUUGUAACUUAGUUUUUUUGCUUAAUAAGUAAAUCAAAGGGAGAGGCAACAUCCAACAGCAGGCUAAAUUCUGGAGCCUCACAACAAUACACGCUUGUCAAGCUGCUUUCAGCACAUCCAAAAAUGAUACUGAGCAACUAAAACUUUUAAUUAAGAAGAGUGUUCCUGUUCAGAUGGAAGAAUUGGGGUCUAAGAGGCAAACCUUUCCCUGUGAGGCAGAUAAUGGUCAAAUGCAGGAUGGAGAGAAUCAGAAAUUAGACCAAGUGGAGCAGCAUGCAGGAGCUGGAGCAUGGCAUGCUGUGGCUGUUGCUCUCUCCCUGUGCAUCACCUGCAUGGGCAGCUGCAGUGGCCUCAGUGUGGCACUUUGGCUGUAGUUGUGGGUAUAGGUACGUGAAGCUUGAUUCUUUGUGUUUUGGGGUGUCACAUGAAUGUAUACACAGAGUGAUGGUUGGUUUUUGUGGGGGUGGGAAAUUAUGUUUCUAGGACAGAUAAGUAGAACCUACCACAGCAAAAAAAGCAGUCUUACAGGAGAAGAAAUUGGGAGGUCUUCUUCAUGCUGCCUCCCAUCUGUGUUGGCCACAGGUCCCAUGAACUUAGUUAUGACUCGGGUCUGAUUACUCUACCUUAAAAUGUCAUCCCAUAGGUGAGAGAAAUGAGUUACUGCACUAUGUGAGAGCAGUACUCCAAGGACUUCUUGAUGGUUAGAUCAGGUAGGAGGGUGGGGGAAGCAGUUACAGGUCUCCAGGGUAGCUUUAAAUAAGGUAAGAUUAGAUUAGAUUUCUCUGGUUCCCUGAUUAGCAGCUGCUUGUGCAAAACUUGUAACGGUCAGCCACUUCUAGGUUUGGUGGUCAGUGUUUUUUUUGCUCUACCAUAGAGCAAUGCCUGGGGGAGUGGCCACUUAAAAGAUUUCAUGCUACUUGGUACCUAGUCCUGAAAGUGGAGACAUGAAGUUGUUUUGAUGCUUCUUUCUCCAUCUUGCUAUAAGUGUACCAUGUAGAAAAUACAGAGCUCUACACCUCCUCUACAACUAAGCUGUGGUUCCUGGCAUGUCCCUUCUUAGCAGCGAGGAGCUGCAGGAGAAACAUUGCCAGGCCCACUGGAGGUGGUGAGUGUGUAGCAGGUGAGGCCUGGGAGGGAGUUGCUCAGGGUGGCGUGAGGAUGGAGGCCAGGCAGAGCACUGC